AUCCACUGUAUAUGUAAGCACAUACAGUUUAACGUGCAUCGACUUUCAUCAUGGCAGCGCUCAUGAAACCCACGUUUCUCAACAAAUUAUCCACUUUAAUGGCAACAAUUUCAAGAACAAAUCAACUACGAUGUAGCUGUAACAUGAGGACAUCAAUUUUACUUCAAUCUAAAAGAACGCUCCUGUCUGAUGCCUACCAUGGUGACAAUAUUUGGAUGAACAGAGAGAGGAUUGUCGUUGAUAUGGAUGAAAUGAAGAUCAACCUAGACAGAGCAUUCUAUGAUCUGAAAGAACCAGUCAUGUCUGUGGAAUUACACAAGUUUAUUGACAAUGUUUAUGAUAAGGAAGAACUGGAUGUAGCUGAAGGUUACUUGAAUAGUUACAGACAUUCACCUGUAGCCCAUCAUUUAAGACCAUCAACCGUACAUUCAUGGCUGAGGCUAUGCAUAGAAUUAGGCCACCACAAACAAGCUCUCAAGGUCCUGCAAAAUAAGAGGGACUACGGACUGUUCCCUGAGAACUUCACAUAUAAUCUUCUUCUGGAUACAUUCUUAAAAGCAGAUGAUAUCAAAGGUGCUUGUGAUGUUGCUAUAGUAAUGAUGAAAGAAGAGACAUUAGAGGACUGUCCUCUAUCUCAGCUCCUAUCACUAAACGCCUGUCAUCAAUACUUCAAGAUGGGAGAUAUUCCUGAGGAUGAGAGAUGGGACAUUGGUAUGACCCUAGCCGAUGCUAGUCGUAGAGUGGACGGCAUCCUAGCACUCAGCUACCAUGCUAUAGGUUAUGCUAUGACCGGGGAUAUGAACAAGGCCAUUGGAGUACUCCAGACUGUGUCUCAGGAUGAUGGAUCCAAGAUUGCACAAGAAGCACUUGACCAUAUAGCCACAAUCCUUCAAAGGAUGGAGGAUCAGAAUACAGAACUCUUGAAUUUAUAUGAGACCACCACCGAGACACUCGCCACCCAAGGCAAAGUGACAGGAGACACUCUAGACUUGCUCCUGGAGUCAGAGAUCUCCACCCGGCUCCCUGACCUGGAGCGUAAGGAUGCUGAAGGGUACACCUCCAUCCUGGAGACAUGGCAUGGAGAGCACAUGGAGGCCCUGGAGAUGCAGAGGAUAGCUGAGCUGGAUGUAGAGAGGGAGGCCAAGGAGAAACGUCUGGAUGAACUCCUGAGGGCUACAGGAGGCAUCAAGUACUGGGCUGAGAAGAUAGACGAAGCCAAGCAAAGGAAAGCAGCCAGUGAAGUUGAGAUUGAGCAUAGGUAGCACACUAAAUUGACAAGUGCCACUGGACUAGCAUGGAAUGAAGAACUGUUAUCUUGCAUGUGGCAGUCAAUAUGCAAUGAAUGAUGUAUAUUCCGUGAUAGAUAAAUAGACGUUUAUGGAAGAAAGAGACCGAACUGAGACAUUUGGUUGGAGGAGAUGGAGUAUCUCUCCAAUCCUGAGGUACACUGUGAUGCAUCUACAAUGUAUCCCUUAAAGGCCCACUGUACUACUUGUAGCUACUUGCUCCCUCUAUAUAGAAAACAAUGCCUAAUCGGUGACCAUCACACCCCCAUGAUCCUCUUUUUCUUAUGUUAAUUGAGAGCUGAGUUGAUGAGAUAGCCACCUGUCAGUGACCUUCCUGGGUGGUUUAAUCCCUUCUAGCCAAACUAGUACAGAUGACCUUUAAAGCUAGUUCACAUGUGAUGCAGAUAGCCUCAAAUAACUACUGCUGCUGUCCCAUAUGGGACUGAUAAGAAGAAGAAUAAUGGAGCUGUGUUCAACAAAGGCCCCUAUGCAUACUUACUAGACUGUAUGUUAUAAGAUUCAGAAAUGUGAUGUGCACUAGUCUCAAGUAAUUCUGUUUUUCCUCAUUUUAUUUUUCAUAGAUGUUUGACUGUAUCAUAUGUGAGCAAGGUUUUAUUAAAAAAGAUUGUGAUUUAUGCAACAAUGUAUGCAACAGUUAUCUCGAAGGAUAUACCAGGGCUCAACACUAACGAUAGUCUGAAUGACCCUAGAAGUUUUACUUCAAAGCCCCAGAGUUCUAAAUGUAAACAUUUAAACAAGGAUCUGGUGAAUACAGAAAUAAGAAUUUUCUUUUUAUACCCCAAAAAUUAAAACAAAAAAUGAGAACCCUCUGACUAAGUUUGGAAUGCCAACUAGAUGAGAAUGGCCAAACUUAAGAUAUUACAGGUUUGUGAUUGGUUUGAGUAAAUGAAUAAUUUCAAUAACAAUAAUUAGUUGUGUUACCUAUUGUGUUUUUGCAGUCUUUAAAUAAGACAGUUGAUAAAUCAUUUCUGAAAAAAUUGAUACAGAUCACCACAGAAUUGGUCAAAUAAAUAGAGGUACUCAAUUGUAAUUUUACUCACCACCCAACGUAUGAAAGAUUCAUUUUUAAAAGA